UGACAGUAGCAACAGGAGUCCAUGGUGAUAACAUUGGAGAUUAUGGCCAGCCCGAGGUCUGUGUUGUGUGCAAUACUAAUCACUCUCAGCACAGUAAGUUGCUAUGCUGCUAGGACUAACAAUAACAGAAAGACCCUCUUUGUUUUUGGGGAUUCCCUCUUUGAUCCUGGAAAUAACCAAUACCUCAAAAGCAGCAAUAGGGAGGCUUCAACCAAAUGGCCUUAUGGAGAAACCUACUUCAACCAUCCAACUGGAAGGUUCUCUGAUGGUCGAAUAGUCCCUGACUUUAUAGCUCAAUUUGCAAAUUUGACUAUACUUCCACCAUACUUGCAACAUGGUGCCCGUCAAUUCAUUGAUGGGGUUAAUUUUGCAUCAGCUGGAGCUCGUGUUCUUGCUCACAAUGAUUUAAAAGGAGUAAUCAAUCUUCCAACACAACUGGGCUACUUCAAGACUUUAGUGAAGUCACUAGAACAAAAACUAGGUGAUCAAAAAACCCAGAGGGUUUUGAACAGUGCUGUAUACUUGUUUAGUAUGGGAGGCAAUGAUUACUUUGGCCUUCGCAACCAAAAUCCCAAUGUCACUCGGUCAUACAAAACCCAAUAUGCCAAGAUGGUGGUUGGCAACUUGACCAAUACACUCAAGGAAGUUUAUAUUCUAGGAGGCAGAAAAAUAGCAUUUCAAAACGUAGGACCUUUGGGUUGUGUGCCAUCUGUUAGAGCAAGGAACGCUCAGGUGGGUGGUGGCUGUGAUGAGGUAGCAUCAGCAAUGGCAAGGCAACACAACAGAUUUCUAUCUGUAGCACUGAAGAAGUUAAACAGCACAUUACCGGGAUUUUAUUAUUCCAUAUUUGAUUACUAUAAUGCGCUUUUAGGCAAAAUCAACAAUCCUUCCAAAUAUGAAUUUAAGGAAGGCCAUGCAGCUUGUUGCGGAAAUGGAGCAUAUAGAGCAUUUGGGUGUGGAGGAGGAUUUAGUGGAAAAGAAAAAUUUGAGGUAUGCCAUAACCCAGCUGAAUAUGUGUGGUUUGAUGGAGCUCAUACCACUGAGAAAGCAAAUCGCCAAUUAGCAGAGCUAAUAUGGAAUGGACCACCAAUGUUUACAGGGCCUUACACUGUGAAGCAACUAUUUGGAUAUGCAUAAUAGGUUAACAAAGUUUUGUUUUUUGAGACAUAUAAGCGCUGUAAUAAUCUGUCAGUAUUUUACUGAUUUGGAGUUUCUGCCUUUUGGUGAUUAAUGCAGAGUCUAUAAUAACUAAAAA